GAUGCUGUCCUGUGCCUCCUUCAAUAAACUGAUGUAUCCAACGGCCGCAGAUGUGGCCAAAUCCCCGAUGGUGGGCUUGGAGGUCGAUGGCGGAUCCAUGGGAUCCCUGGCCAGUCUCCAGGCCCUUCCUUCGACCACCUCGGCGGGCAGUGGGGCUCCCAGCGAGACCCAGAGCGAGAUAUCCUCCGCGGACAGCGAUUGGAGUGACAUACGCGCCAUCGCAUUGAAGUUGGGCGUUCAAAACCCAGACGAUCUGCACACCGAACGUUUCAAGGUUGAUCGACAGAAACUGGAGCAGCUGAUAAAGGCGGACAGCGCCAUUGAGGGAAUGAAUGGAGCCGAGUAUUUCUUUCAUGAUAUCAUGAACACGACGGAUACGUAUGUGAGCUGGCCUUGCAGACUCAAAAUUGGUGCCAAGAGCAAGAAGGAUCCGCAUGUGAGAAUUGUGGGCAAGGUGGAGCAAGUGCAGCGGGCCAAAGAGCGAAUUCUGAGCAGCCUUGAUUCGAGGGGAACCCGAGUGAUCAUGAAAAUGGAUGUUAGCUACACGGAUCACUCGUACAUCAUCGGACGCGGUGGCAACAAUAUAAAGCGCAUAAUGGACGACACCCACACCCAUAUCCACUUUCCCGACUCGAACCGAUCCAAUCCCACGGAGAAGUCCAACCAGGUGUCGCUGUGCGGCAGCUUGGAGGGCGUCGAGAGGGCCCGGGCCCUCGUCCGGCUCUCCACCCCGCUCCUCAUAUCUUUUGAGAUGCCCGUGAUGGGACCCAACAAGCCGCAGCCCGACCACGAGACCCCCUACAUCAAGAUGAUCGAGACCAAGUUCAAUGUGCAGGUAAUAUUUUCCACGCGUCCCAAGCUGCACACCUCGUUAGUUCUAGUGAAAGGUUCUGAGAAGGAGUCGGCCCAAGUCAGAGAUGCAACUCAAUUGCUGAUCAACUUCGCCUGCGAGAGCAUUGCGAGCCAAAUCCUGGUGAAUGUCCAGAUGGAGAUCUCUCCACAGCACCACGAGAUCGUGAAGGGUAAGAACAACGUGAAUCUCCUGAGCAUCAUGGAGCGCACUCAGACCAAGAUCAUAUUCGCCGAUCUGAGCGAUAUGAACGUGAAGCCGCUGAAGAAGUCGCAGGUGACGAUCAGCGGACGCAUCGACGACGUCUACUUGGCGCGACAACAAUUGCUUGGCAAUUUGCCCGUAGCAUUGAUAUUUGACUUUCCGGACAACCAGAACGAUGCCUCCGAGAUAAUGAGCCUCAACACCAAGUACGGCGUCUAUAUCACUCUGCGCCAGAAACAGCGGCAGAGCACUUUGGCCAUUGUGGUCAAGGGAGUGGAGAAGUUUAUAGACAAAAUCUACGAGGCCCGCCAGGAGAUCCUGCGCCUGGCCACGCCGAACGUGAAGCCCGAGGUGCCGGACUUCUACUUCAUGCCCAAGGACAAGGACCUCAACCUGGCCUACCGCACCCAGCUGACCGCUCUGCUGGCGGGCUACGUGGACAGUCCGAAGACUCCGUCGCUGCUGCCGCCCGCUCUAACGGGACAGCUGACGCCCUAUGCCAACAACAACCACCUGUUGCUGAACGCCAAUGGAAUGGCCACGCCCACCGGGAUAUGUGCGCCCACUCAGAAAUACAUGCAGUUGCACAACAGCUUCCAACAGAGUCAAAGUCGCUCGCUGGUGGGUGGCAGUCAGAACAGCCACAACAACAACAACAACAAUUAUCUGCAAGUUCCGGGAGCGGUGGCGCCACUGAAACCGCCGACUGUCUCGCCAAGGAACAGCUGCAGCCAGAAUACGAGUGGCUACCAGAGCUUCAGCAGCAGCACCACCUCGCUGGAGCAGUCGUAUCCGCCGUACGCCCAGGUGCCAGGUGCCGUGUCCUCCACUUCCUCCGCGGCAGGAUGUCCAAAUCGGGCCCACUACUCGCCGGACUCCACGUACGGCAGUGAAGGCGGUGGUGUUGGUGGUGGGGGUGGAGGAGCUCGACUGGGCCGCCGCCUCAGCGACGGAGUGCUCCUGGGAUUGGGUAACUCAAGCGGAGGCGGAGGCGGAGGAGGAGGUUCCGCGGGCGGAGGAGGUGCCCACCUCCUGCCGGGAAGUGCCGAGAGCUAUCGCAGCCUGCACUACGAUCUCGGAGGAGCCAAGCACUCGGGCCACCGCGCCUUCGACUUCGAUAUGAAGCGGGCCCUGGGCUACAAGGCCAUGGAGCGCACUCCGGUGGCGGGGGAGCUGCGCACACCCACGCCCGCCUGGAUGGGAAUGGGCCUGAGCAGCACCUCUCCCGCUCCCGCCGCCCCGCUGGACAACGGGGAUGGUGGUGCGGGCGGAGGUGGCUCCACUGGGUGGCGCCUCCCGCCGGGACUGGGCUCCCCCUACGGACUGAGUGCCACCACCGGACUGCUGGACGCCACGCCGGUCAACCGGCGGCUGCAGCUCGCCCAGUACAAGGACAUCCAGACGCUGCUCACCAGCUUGGGUCUGGAGCAUUACAUCAAAAUUUUCGUGCUGAAUGAAAUCGACUUGGAGGUGUUCACCACGCUGACCGAGGAGAACCUGAUGGAGCUGGGUAUCGCGGCGUUCGGAGCUCGCAAGAAGCUGCUGACGGCCAUUCACACGCUGCUGGCAAACGAGGCGGCCUGCAGCACAAUGCCCAGCAGCAGCUCCUCGCAGAACUCCUCCUCGCCGCGAUUUUCCGGCAGUGCGGCCCCGGGCGCUGAGCGCCGACCCUCCAACCAGUGGUAAUCCCCACUGGGUCCUUACUACUUUCUAUCUCUAUUUGUUUUUUUGCAUGCCCACUUAGUUGGUAGUCGUAAGAUCAGGAGAAUCGGAACGGAAAAAAGAUAUAGGAAAAAAGGAUGAAAAGGGCAAACUCACUGGGCGAUAUCUUUCCCGAUAACUCAGCCUUGACCUUGACUUAUACUCGCAUUUGUACUCAAAUUCCAAGUAGCAGAGCUGCGCACGGGGAAAACGCCCAGCAGUUUGCCAAUAGGUCGUUGUAGCCUCUAUUUUAAGCAAUUAAUUUAUUUCGAAAUUAUUUAUACAGAAAAAGAGAAAACCAUCAACAAAAAUAUUGUGAAUUAUUUAUGAAAUCUAACUCAACGAAAUCACGUAUUGUAAGCAAUGAAUUUAUGUAAAAUAACUGAAAAUUUAAAAAAAAAACACAUAAAAAAGGAAACAAAAGCAUGUAUUAAGUGAUAAGCAAAACAGUCACGCCCAAACAUUUGAUAUGAAUAAAUUGAUGUCUAUGAAAAACUAA